GCUCUGCUGAAGAGAAACCCGUGCGUCCUUUCCGCAGAAGUUCCUCCGGCCUUGGGACCUGCGGGUCCCCGCUUUUCUCGAGCCAAUGGCGUGAUGUGCGAGGCUUUGGGGGCCUCCGCGCUCAGCCUGCGCGAGGAGAGUGCCUGGUGGUCCUCGGCAGCGGCUGUAGCGCUGUGGGCCUGCAUUUUUCACGGAUCAGCAACUGGAGCGACCUGUGGAAAGGGCUCUCCCCUUGGCAGAGGGCACGUGGUGAUUCUCUUCCAUGUGCUUUUUCUGGCUGCCGCAGCUCGCCAAGAUGUGCAGAUGCGAAAGCAGGGCUGGUGGAAGGAGGAGUACUUCCUUACCCGGGAUGCCGCCCAUGCCCAGGUGCUGAAGCUGAGCCCUGCGGCGCGGCUUCAGAGCGCCGCCUGCGGCGCCUGCCGGGCGCUGCGCUCGGAGGGCUUUGGUGGGUGGCUCCAGCGGCGCCUGGCCGCCUUCUGCGUGAGGGCCAGCGCGGCGAGCAAGUUGCAGCUCGCGGAGCUGGACGUGGAGUUCAUGCUCUUGCACAUGUAUCAGGUGACCUUCAGCAGCGAGGAGUCGGCCUGGACGCGGAAGCGGAACGCGGACUUCCUGGCGCUGCAACUCAAGGUGCAGCAGGCUGUCACCGUGGCAUAUCAGGAUUUCGUGUCCAAGCCGAGCCUUUGCAGCCGCUUCUGGGUAUUCCUGGUUCAGCUUCAGCCCCAUUGCGCGGUGCAGAGCUAUUCCCUGGUAACACGCUGCUUGAUGCGCGCCUGCGUGGUGGUUGCAAACGUUUCUGGCCGAGUGGCCAUGUCAGUGGUGUUCUUCCUGGUGCUUCAAGACACCCAGCCUCGCGACCACGCUUGUGCCUCUGAGUGGAGGCACGUCAACGGCAUUGUAAGCGGCAUCGGAGUGCAGCUGCUCUUCUCCUGCGUCUCCAGGAUGCUGCAGCUGCUGUGGACUGCGGUGCUGUUACUUUGCCACAGCCGGGAGUUCAAGCAGGACGAGUGGGACGCGGCCUCACGGCAGCGGCAGCUGUGGCGGUGGUGGCUGCAGGACAUGGCCUUUGCGGGCCUGGUGGUCCUCUACGCCGCAAGCUGCGCCACCUUGGGCGCGGCCUACAUUGCCAGCUCCUCCGACGAGGACGGACAGCGCUGGCUGGUGAGCUUGGCGACCGUAGUGCUCCUGUCCGCUCUACUGGAGCCGCUGCUGAAGAGCCUUCUGGCCUCGAUUCUGGCUGGCUGGUGCCUCGAGGAUGGCAUCAGCUUGCAAGAGUGCCUUGGCGCUCCUGUGGAGCCCCGGGUCAAGGCAGCCAACACCACGCCAGUUGCGGACCUGGGCAGCAUCCGAGAGGGUGACGAGGCGCCUCCUGCGCCCAGAAUUCCGGCGUCCAUCCCAAGGGCACCCUCCGCGCCUGCCCAGGAGCGGGAUUCGCCGGGCAAGGGCCGAGAUGUGGGACUCGCGCCCACCAUCCACGCCUGGCGGAGCAGCCCAAACGUCCUGUCCACCGAGCGCAAGGUGCGAGAGCAGCCGGACAGCUGGCGUCGUCGCAGCGACCCUGAGCUGGACCAAAGUGAGGUCAAAGCUCCAGUUUCGGCCUGAGCGGGGUCGGCGCGCCUGCUGCUGCUUGUUAUUUUUGGCGGGCGCGAGGCGUUCUCAAAGAAAUGCCGGGGGGCAGGCAAACGGGUUUGUCUUUCUUGAGGGUACCCC